CGCGUGUCGGUUUUCCUUCCUCUCUUUGCUGCUUCUGUGAGCGUCAUCGCUUAUUAUUCUUCCCCUGUCCUGGACCUCCUUCUCCAGCCAACAGGAAGGAGUUAUUUGCCCCGUCAAAUUACCCUGUCCACCGUUCAGCAGCCAUGUCUGCGCCAGGCGGGGCCCCGAGCCCAGCUCCGCGAAGUGGAAGUAUGGGGCCCGGUCCAGGUGGGAUGUCGAUGCCUCCUCAGCAACCCAUGACCAACACCGGCCCUGUGACGCCUGGUCCACCUGCUCCACCGCCGCCGCCGCCGGGGGGGCCUAUGUCGCAGCAGAAUCUCAAUCAAAUAGUCAUUGAUUACUUAGCCAAGAAAGGCUAUAGUCGCACAGAGGCUAUGCUGCGCAUAGAGUCGGCGCAUCAAGAGAUCGAUGGCCGGCCGCCUAUGCCCCCUCUUGGAGAAGAUGCGCGUCCAAAGUAUCGACUUGGAUUCGAUUUGCUCAAGGUCUGGGUUGAGGACAAUUUGGAUCUGUACAAGCCUGAGCUCAGGCGUGUGCUAUGGCCGCUCUUUGUCUACACGUUUAUCAACAUGGUGUCCUCAUUCAAGCCUCAAGAGGCGAAACAAUUUUUUGAUAUGAACAAGAACCUCUUCUUGCCGGAACACACAGAAGACGUCCGCGCACUCGAGCCUAUCAGUCUCCCCGAACAUGUUCAGGACAACGCUACCGCCAAGCUGUAUAGAACAAACAAGUACCGCUUGGUUCUGAGCAAUCCGGCGUUUUCCAACCUCAUGCAGUUCCUAGAGAGCAAGCAGAAAGAAGGUGGAUCUGAUAUGACGGCGAUCCUCAGCAGUUACUGUACCAUCAUCACGAAAGAGCGCACUUCUGACGACCGAUUCAGCUUCGCCGCAAUGCUCGGUCAAAGUGAUGGCACACAAACCUUUCCCAGCGAAGAUGAGGGUAUUCCUGGUCACCACCCCGGAUCCGCCUAUACCGGGGAUAAUCCAAACAUGGCCGGGACUUUGCCAAGACUGAAACUGGGAAAGCUACCACUUGAGUCGACGCUGGAGACUGAUGUACGGGGCGAGCUCGCGGACGAGGAUGCCAAGCACCCUCCCGGCCCAGGGCAAAAUACUCUGAUACAAGAGUUCGAGCAGAUGAUCAAGAAAGAGGACGACGAAGAAGCCCCUACUCGCGCUGAUAUUCCGUAUCCCCCGUCGACCGCCCGAGAUGUCGCAAUCGAGGUCCAGAAGGUCAAAGAGAACCGCGACAGGUUUAGGAUAGAAGGCAGGACCGGAGGAGUCGGGCCUGCCGUCAGCGUCUGCAUGUUUACAUUUCACAAUACUUACGACGGCGUCAACUGCCUGGAUUUUUCUGAUGACCUCAUGCUCGUCGCAGCUGGUAUGCAAGAGUCUUAUAUUCGGGUCUGGAGCAUGGAUGGCAAGAAGAUUCAAUCGACCUACGACAAUGUGGAUGAUGUCCCAUCAAACUCUCGUCGUCUGAUUGGCCAUGCUGGACCAGUCUAUUCUGUGGCAUUUGCGCCUUCCAUCACACGUGCCGACAAUGCUAUUGCGCCGACCAACGCCCGUUGGUUGCUCUCUUCCUCAGCCGACAAAACAAUCCGUCUCUGGUCCUUGGAUCUUUGGCAAUGCAUGGUAGUAUACAAGGGCCAUGACCAACCUGUUUGGGAUCUUCAAUGGGGCCCCUUCGGCCACUAUUUCGUGUCUGGUGGCCAUGAUAAGACAGCUCGCCUGUGGGUCACAGACCACAUCCGCCAACAACGUAUCUUUGUCGGACACGACCAGGAUGUUGACUGCGUCUGCUUCCACCCCAACUCGGCAUAUAUCUUUACUGGCAGCUCUGAUCACACGGUACGCAUGUGGGCCGUGACUACGGGCAACGCUGUUCGUAUGUUCACCGGCCACACAGGGAACAUCACAGCUCUCUCAUGUAGCCGCGACGGAAAGCUUCUCGCAUCAGCCGAUGACCAUGGAUCGAUUCUUCUUUGGGAUCUAGCCCCAGGACGACUUCUCAAGCGCAUGCGCGGCCAUGGCAAGGGUGGCAUUUGGUCGCUCAGCUGGAGUGUUGAAUCCAAUAUCCUAGUGUCUGGCGGUGCUGACGGUACGGUUCGUGUCUGGGACGUUGCUGGUCCUGCGCAAGAUCCGUCGCAUGGUCGGGUUGUUGGCGAGGGUGGUGCAGGGACCAAAGUCGAUGGCGGCAAUCCCCCUGCGGCCAGCGCGCAAGCCUCCAGCUCCGUCGGACCCGGUAUGGGCAGUAAGAAGAAGGGCAAGGACGUGGUGGUCACGCCUGAUCAGAUCAGUGCGUUCCCGACGAAGAAGAGCCCUGUAUACAAGGUCAAGUUCACAAAUAUGAACUUGAUCAUCGCUGGAGGUGCUUAUCUUCCUUGAGAGAGGGCGACGGAGGGGAUGGGUGGAGUGGAUUGCAUGCACAGUGGCGCCAGAUACCCGUUUCUCUUUUCUUUUCUGUUUCUUAUAUCAUCACCUUCUUUUGCUCUUCCGUCGAGAUGAUCUGUCUCCUCCCGGCUUGCAUUGCCAUACGUGUUCGUUAGUGAAUUGGUUGGAUGAAUUGGGCGGCGUCCUGGAUGGGAAAUGCGAACAGAUGGCCGGCGGCUUUUGGUGUUUAUUUGGCAGAAUGCAUUUUCUUUCUUGAAGUUUGGUUGAGAACUUGCGGAAAGGGAAACAAUUACCUCGAGAUAUUACAGGA